GGGGCGGGGGCUCCCCCAGAAAUGCUCAUCACUCAUCACAUGAUUUCUAAGCCACUCCUGAUUUUUCACCCGGGUCCCAUGUUUUUUAAGCUCCUCUCGUGAGUGUGAAUGUUGGGGGCGAUUCAUUUUCGCGGGUGACAACGCGGGGGGGAAAUUCAGGGUUAAUGCCACUGAGUUCCCAAGCCGGGGAGAGAGAAGCAGGAAGUGAUCUGAAAUGGGGACGCAAUAACCUAGGGACCUUCCUGUGCCAGCCCCCCCUGGGCUCGCCUCGGAGUCACUCCCUGCAGCCUGUGUGGCAAGGGGCUGAAUCCCCGUCUGCAGCCCCAGGGCCCCGGAGGGAAUCGCCCUGGCCGGAGCGAUUUGCACCGGCUGUCCGGUCCGCAUGAAGAGGGGAGUGAUGGAGGGCAGGAUCUCCUGCCCUGGCUCCUUAUGCCCGGCUUCCAGGUGCCGGUGACGUUCAAGGAGGUGGCCGUGUGCUUCCGCAAGAAAGAGUGGGGUGACCUGGACGAAGGGCAGAGGCAGCUCUAUGGGGCAACUUCCACGAGCAUUAUGAGACUCUGACUUUGCUGGCAGGAUUCCCCGUCCCUGACCUGGCCAUGACCUCCCGGAUGGAACGAGGGGAAGAGCCGAGGGUCCCGGAUCUCCAGGGCGCCGAGGAAAAGGAGAUCCUAAGAGGUGCCCGCACAGCAGGUGCCGGGACGGUGAGUGAGAAUGAAGAGGAAAAUCACCAGCGGGAAGGGCCUGUGGGAGCGAAGCCACAUGGGACGUCCCAGAGCCUCGAGCAGGGAGAGACCGUCGAGAGCCAGGGUGGGGCAGGGCUGGGACAGGGGAAGGCCCAGACUAAAUCCGCACCCCAGGCACGGCACAGGCGGGUGGGCCGUGUCAUCUGUGGCGACUGCGGGAAGAGCUUUGUGAAGAACUAUGACCUCUUCAAGCACCAGCGGGUCCACACAGGAGAGAAACCUUACAGCUGCCCUGACUGCGGGAGGAGCUUCGCCUUCCACUCCACCCUCAGCAAACACCAGCACAUCCACACCGGCGCCAGGCCCUUCCAGUGCGCCGAGUGCGGGAAGAGCUUCCGGCAGAAAGGUCACCUGACCCGCCACAGCCGCGUCCACGCCGGGUUAAAGCCCUACGUCUGUGCUCACUGCGGGGCGGCCUACAGCACCCGCACCAACCUGCUGCGGCACCAGAGCGGCCACACCGGGGAGCUGCCCUACAAGUGCACGGAAUGCGGCCGGCGUUUCGGGGAGAUCGCAGCCCUGGUGGCACAUCUGGUGGCACAUUCCGGGGAGCGGGCCCACAAGUGCCCUGAGUGCGGGAAGAGCUUCCGGCGCGGCUCGUCGCUGACGGAGCACCGGCGGGUGCACACCGGGGAGAAGCCCCACGUCUGCCCCCAGUGCGGGGAGAGCUUCAUGCGCCGCGCCACCUUCAACGACCACGUGCGCGGCCACUCCGGGGAGCGGCCCAAUGUCUGCGACGUCUGCGGGAAGAGCUUCACCAAGCGGCAUUCCCUGCUGCAGCACCAGCGGUCCCACACCGGAGAGAAGCCUCACCAGUGCCCCGACUGUCCCAAGAGCUUCAUCGCCAGCUCCGCUCUGGUGCAGCACCGCCGGAUCCACACCGGCGAGACACCCUACCGCUGCGAGGAGUGCGGGCGCAGCUUCAGCCAGCGCUCGGUGCUGACCACCCACCGGCGGCUGCACACCGGUGAGCGGCCCUACAAGUGCGGCCAGUGCGGGAAGGGCUUCAGCCAGAGCUCGGCGCUGACCCAACACCGCCGCACCCACACGGGGGAGUCGCCCUAUGGCUGCGCCCAAUGCGGGCGGAACUUCAGCGGCAUGUCGGCCCUCAAGCGGCACCACCGAACCCACACCGGCGAACGGCCCUUCCGCUGCGGCCAGUGUGGGAAGGGCUUCAAGCAGAGCUCCACACUGGUCCAGCACACCAGGAUCCACACGCAGGAGAGGCCCUUCUCCUGCACCCAUUGCGGCAAGAGCUUCAGCCAGCGGUCGGCUCUCGCCAAGCACCAGCGGACUCAUGCCAAGGAGAGCGGCGGCUCUCACGAGGCCGUGGGGACGCGGUUCUACAAGGACCCCUUCGUUCAGCCGGGGGAGGGCGGCACUGAGCCCGAGGAGGUGGUGGUGGUGCUCCCGCCGGGGACGUGGGAUUGUGAGAUGCCCCCCCGCGUGAAGGAGGAGCCGGGGACACCCCUGCAGGUGAAGGAGGAACCGGAGCUGCCUCAGCAUGUUCAAGAUGGGCCCUAUCGGGUUAAACAGGAGCAGCCGGAGCGGCCACAGGAAAUUAAAGAGGAACCAGCGCCCCCACUGCAGAUUAAAGAGGAGCCUGAGCUGGAUGCAUGCGCCCCUCCACAUAAUGUUCCCCUGUUCUCUCGUUCGUUCUCCCAGGCUCUGCUCGAGUCCUGCUUGCAGUUCGGUCAAGCUGGGCAGGAAGUGGUCUCAGACAAGAUGGAUUCCCUUAGCCUCCAGCUGGUGCGACUGAAGUGUGUGUCUCAGGAGGAACUUCCAGGAUCCUGGAGCGCGCCGUCCCAGGAGCCCCGAGAGCGACGGGAAAGGGAUCAGCUUCCACCCCAGAUAUCCGAGGAGGAGAGCGAUGACGAGCAGGAGUCCGUGUCAUCGACACCCAUGGUCGGCUUCCAGAUGGGACUGUGGGGUCUCUUCUGGUUCCAGGCGCCGGUGGCGUUCGAGGAGGUGGCCGUGUAUUUCUCCCGGGAGGAGUGGGGGCUCCUGGACGAAGGGCAGAGGCAGCUCUACAGGGACGUCAUGCAGGAGAAUUACCAGACUCUGAUCUCGCUGGCAGGAGUCCCCGUCCCUGACCCGGCCGCGAUCUCCUGGAUGGAGCGAGGGGAAGAGCUGAGGGUCCCGGAUCUCCAGGGCUCCGAAGAAAGGGAGAUCACGAGAGGCGCCGGCGCAGCAGGUGCCAGGAGGGAAAACCCCCAGCAGGAAGGGCCUGCAGGAGUGGAGCUGCACAGGACGUCCCAGAGCCCAGAGCUGGGAGUGGCAUCCGGUGGCGUGGGAUGGCAGCAGGGGAAGCCAUCUCAGCAGGAAAGACCCAAGACCGGUGGUCACCCGCGGGCAAGAGAGGGGCCCAUCAUCUGCGGGGAUUGUGGGAAAAGCUUCGGGAAGAGCUCGGAGUUCGUCAAACACCAGCGCACCCACACGGGCGAGAGGCCCUACCAGUGCCCUGACUGUGGGAGGAGCUUUGCCAUCCGCUCCAACCUCCUCCGCCACCAGCGCAUCCACACCGGCGCCAGGCCUUACCCAUGUGCCGAGUGCGGGAAGAGCUUCCGCCACAAGGAGCACCUGACCCGCCACAGCCACGUCCACGCUGGGUUAAAACCCUACGUCUGCGCUCACUGCGGGGCGGCCUACAGCACCCGCACCAACCUGCUGCGGCACCAGAGCAGCCACACGGGGGAGCUGCCCUACAAGUGCACGGAGUGCGGCCGGCGCUUCGGGGAGAUCACCGCCCUGGUGGCACAUCUGGUGGCGCACUCCGGGGAGCGGGCCCACAAGUGCCCCGAGUGCGGGAAGAGCUUCCGGCGCGGCUCGUCGCUGACGGAGCACCGGCGGGUGCACACCGGGGAGAAGCCCCACGUCUGCCCCCAGUGUGGGAAGGGGUUCAUGCGACGCUCCAUCCUCAAUGGGCACCGGCGCACCCACACCGGCGAGCGGCCCAACGCCUGCGGGGAGUGCGGCAAAGGGUUUACCCAGCGGUCAUCCCUGCUGCAACACCAGCGCACCCACCGGGGUGAAAGACCCUACCCAUGUCCCCAAUGUGGGAAGAGCUUCAGCCAGCGCUCAGCGCUGACCACCCACCGGCGGCUGCACACCGGGGAGCGGCCCUUCCACUGCGCCCAGUGCGGGAAGAGCUUCAGCCAGAGCUCGGCGCUGAUCCAGCAUCAGCGGACCCACACCGGUGAGACCCCGCACCGCUGUGGGGACUGUGGGAAGGGCUUCGGGGACCGCUCGGCCCUCAAGCGGCACCGGCGCACCCACACGGGCGAGCGGCCCUACCGCUGCACCCAGUGCAGCAAGAGCUUCAAGCAGAGCUCGGCGCUGACACAACAUGUUCGCAUCCAUACCGGGGAGCGGCCCUACGUCUGCCCCCACUGCGGGAGGGGAUUCUCUCAGGGCUCGGCUCUGGCCCAGCACCAGAGGACUCAUGCCAAGGAGAAGAGCCUGUCGGACGUGCCCACUGCCAGCCGCCUGUACAGGGAUCCCUUCAUCCGGCCACGGGAUGUGGAGGAGGGGCAGCAGGGCUGCCCCUGGGGACACGGUGCACUCAGCCAGGCUGAAAGAGAAGCUGCAGUGAUAGAAUCAUAGAAAUGUAGGACUCGAAGAGACCUCAAGAGGUCAUCAAUUCCAGGCUCCUGCGCUGAGACAGGGCCAAGUAACCCUCUCCCUGGCAGGUGUUUGUCCCGCCUGUUCUUAAAAACCUCCAGUGACGGGGAUUCCACAACCUCUCUCGGGAGCCUAUAGCAGAACUUAACUACCCUGAAAAUUAGAAAGUUUUUCCUAAUAUCCAACCUAAAUCUCCCUUGCUGCAGAUCGAGCCCAUGCCUUUUUGUCCUUCCUUCAGUGGACAGGGAGAACAAUUGAUCUUCAUCCUCUUUAUAACAACCCUUAACAUAUUUAAAGGUUGUUAUCAGGUCCCCUCUCAGUCUUCUUUUCUCUAGACUAAACAUGCCCAGUUUCUCAAGCCUGUUCUUCUAGGUCAGGUUUCCUAAACCUUAUAUCAUUUUUGUUGCUGUUCUCUGGACUCUCUAUCAUUUAUUCACAUCUUUCUGUGGUGCCCAGGAUUUGACACAGUUCUCCAGCUAAGGCCUCACUAGUGCCGAAUGGAACAGGACAGUUAUCUCCUGUGUCUUAUGUAAGUCACUCCCGCUAAUCCACCCCAGAAUGAUACUAACCAUUUUUGGUUAUCUUUAUUGGUUAGCUCUCAUCUUUAUUGAAUUUUAUUGACGCAGGUGGGCAGGGUGAAGGGCUGGAGGCUGGAUUUGGGCAUCAUGGGGAAAAGGAGGUGGCGUUUUAAGUCAUUUCUACCGGGAAUCCCAUCCUUGCUGGGGCAUGUCCCCUUCCCAUACCCCUUUCCCAGCAAGGAUUAUUAACCCCCACAGGCUCAGCCUGUCCCCUAAGGUCUGUGCCCAUCCCAUGGGGGCCCCGUCCCUUCACUCUCCUGGAUCUCCCCAGAUCUAGUCAUCCUUCUCUGCUCCUUCCCCUCUCCCGGGGCCAAGGUCGAGGGUUCGCAGACUGAUCCAAAGCCCGUUGAAGUCAGUGGGAAGACUCCCAUGGGCUUUAGGUCAGCUCAUUAAUUUCUCUGAGUCUCUGUUCUCAAAGUGUAAAAUGAGGAUAAUCAAAAUUCAGAUUAUGAGCUCUUUGGGGCCGUGACUGUCUCUCCCUGUGUGUCUGUGCAGCGCCUGGCGCAAUUCAUUUAUUUAUAGAUUCAUUGAUUCCAGUGCCAGAAAGGACCACUGUGAUCAUCUAGUCUGACCUCCCAUAUAACACAGGCCAGAGAACUUCUUUGAAAUCAUUCUUGGAGCAGAGCUUUUAGAAAAAACAUCCAAUCUUGAUUUUAAAGUGGCCAGUAAUGGAGAAUCCACUGCAACCCUUGAUAAAUUGUUCCAGUGGUUAAUUCCUCUCACUCUUAAAAAUGUAUGCCUUAUUUCCAGUCUGAAUUUGUCUAGCUUCAACUUCCAGCCAUUGGAUCUUGUUAUACCUUUGUCUGCUAGACUGAAGAGCCCCAAAUUUCUGUUUCCCAGGUAGGUUCUUAUGGAGUGUAAUCAUGCCUUCCCUUAACCUCCUCUUUGUUAAACUAAAUAGAUUGAGCUCCUUGCAUUUGUCACUGUAAGGCAGGUUUUCUAAUCCUUUAAUCAUUCUUGUGGCUCUUCUCUGACUCCUUUCCAAUUUAUCCAUACCCUUCUUGAAUUGUGGACAGCAGAACUGGACAUAGGAUUUCAGCAACGGCUGCACCAGUGCCAAAUACAGAGGUAAAAUAAUCUCUCUACUCCUUUUUGAGAUUCCCGUUUAUGCAUCCCAGGAUCGCAUUAGCCCUUUUGGUCACAACAUCACACUGGGAGCUCAUGCUCAGCUGAUUAUGCACGACAGCCCCCAAAUCUUUUUCAGUCAUUGCUUCCUAGGAGAGAGUCCCCCAUCCAGUAAGUAUCCUGAGGUGGAGGCCAUCCAAACUAUACAGCUCCCCUUGCCCCACAGAAGAUGGGCCAAUGUUCUACGAAUCCAAAACCCUACAUCCUACACCACCUACCUAGCCAGGGGGUCACUUCCAGAAUCUUUUGUCUUCCUUUGCUCUAGGGACAGGAAGGAUCUCAGAGAAGAUCACUUAGGACAGUGAUUUUCAAUCUAUGGUCCGUGGACCCAUUGGGGUUGGUAGACUAUGGCUAAGGGGUCUGCGAAAGGUGACUAUGAAAAAAAAAAAAAAGUUUCAGAUCCCAGAAAAGGCAUUCCAUUUUUAUGAUCAAUCAAAAGUAUGUGAAUACUACAGAUCGAAACCCGGAAUUGUUGUUGUUACCAUAGAAGCGCACAGUUUAGCCCCCUUUCUUAUGCCAUGUCAAUUGCCGUGUUGAGCCCGUGCAACAUUUAUAAUUGAAUUCCAUUCAGUUCAUUUUCAGUCUAAGACUUCUAUGAAAGGGGUCCGUGGACUACAGGUUGAAUUUUCAAAGGGGCCCCCAUCUCCAUUUGAGAUUUUUUUAGGGGUCUGCAAAUGAAAAAAAGGUUGAAAACCACUGACCUAGGCAUUCUCGUUCUUCAGCACACUUCUGAGUUCCAUGAUGUCAUCUACUCUCUGCAAGAUAUCCCAUGAGAUAUCUGCAAAAUAUCCCACAGCACAGUGGGGACCCCAAGCUCGAUUGGGAGUCUGUGCAGUGCCUGGAACAAUGGGGGCUCAGAUCUCAGUUGGGGUCUGUGAAGCAUCUGGCACAAUGGGGCCCUAAUUUCAGUUAGGACCAGUAAGCUUUACUGCAAUACACUCAGUAAUAAAUUUGGAGAUCUCCACUAGAAAUCAGACCAAGAUCCAUUCUGUCUUUUCUUAGUUUGCUUUGGUUCCGGUGGUUUCAUAUUUCCCAUGGAUGCCCCCUUCUCAUAAAGUUAUCCAUCUGAUCCAUCCAUCCAUCCGUUCCCACCCAUCUAUCCAACCAAUUUAUAUUAGACCCAUCCCCAUACAUACUGUCUAAGACCCUCCUAACUGGUUAGGUGUAAUUUCUUGACACUCCAGUUGGUACGGUUUUGUGCAUUCUAAUUUUAGUCUCACCACUAAUUUAAGAGGAAUCCUGUGUGUACAGAGCACAUCAGCAAGUUUUUUUGAUUUGUGCAUAACUUUUAUUCUAGGAAAUUCAAUAAACAAGAUGUCAAUUUAAAAAGAAAAAUCA